AUGCAUUAAAUUGUUGUUAAAGCACUUAUUAGAGAGUAUCUCAUUAAAUAAGGAUUUACUGACACUUUAAAUACAUUUGAUAAAGAAUACAAAGAUAAAACACCUAUUACUAAAAUGGAUGUAAUUUUGUAACUUGGACUUUCGAAAGUUGUCAAAAGAAAUAAUGAAUCUAUUAAACCUUUAAAGAGUUUAUUAGAAAUAUUGAUUUCACAUCUCCUUAAUAAAAAAGCAUAAUUAGAAGCAUUGACAAUAGCUACAAAAGCUGAAAAAAUAGAAGACAUUCCUUAAGAUAUACCAUAUGAUCCUACUAUAGGAGCAUCUCGUUAAAAUAAAUUAAAAAAGCGUCCUUAAUCAGAAUACAAACCAAAAAAUUUUGAUUUAUCUAAAGAAGAAGAAAUUAUUAUUGAAUAAAAAAAUGAUAAGAAGGAUGAGAAACAUUCACCAAAUAAAGGAGCAUUUGAAGUACCAAGAAAAUUAUCUACUAGAUAAGUUAAAUUAUAUGAUUUUUCAGAAGAUAAACUUGAAAAUUUAUUAAAAUAAGAAAAAAAAGAAAAUCCAUAAUUACCACUUGCUUAACCACCUCGAUUAAUUAAUAUGAAAAAAUAAUCAGAAAAAAAAGAGUCUAAUUAAUAAUUCCUUAAAGAACAAUAAGAUAAUAAUUAAGAUGAGUCAACUAUAGAUUAAAAAGUAGAAUAUUAAAAAUGUAAUAUUAAAUAACAUAAUGUAUAAAUCCAAAAUUCAAAUUUCAAUUAUGAUAAAAAUAUUGGAUUCAAUUAAGGAAAAAGAAAACCUUAAUAAAAAUCUAUCAUUUAACCUAUUAAGAAACUCUUAUUUUAAGGUACAAUGAAUGGAUUACCUAAAAGUUGGUCUCAACCAUUUAUUUUUAAAGAUGAACCUACUUUUUUUGGCUUACAUUAAUUAGAAGGAGGUCCUUGUGGUGUUAUAGCUUCAGUUUAAGCAUAUUAUCUCAAACAUUUUUUAUUUUCUUAAUCUAUCUAUUAAAAACUUUCAAUUAAAUAAAAUUGUUUAAUUGCUGCUUUAUCUGAUAUUUUAUAUAAAUGCAAUAAAGAAAAACUUAUUUUAGUUAUUCCAGCAAGAGAUUCUUCAAUGAGUCAAGCUAUAGCAAUUGAAAGUUGUGAUUAAUUAGAAUAUUAAAUCAAAUCUUUAAAUUAUUUGUAUGAAGUACUAUUAGAACAUUCGUCUCUUUUUUUCGGAUAAAAUGGUAUAACUUUAUUUUUUUAUUCCCUUAUUCUAAGUAAAGGUGUUGAUGAAAUAAUGUAAGAAAUGGAUUCUGCUACUAAUCCUUUAAUAGGUAAUCAUGGUCAUUGUACAUAAGAGGCUGUUAAUCUUAUGUUAACUGGAAAAGCUAUUAGUAAUUGUUUUGAUGGGUACAUUAUUUAAUUUCUAUUUGAUAGAUGUAAAUAAAUAGAUGAUAUGAAAAUUAAAGGUAUUGAAGAAAGAAGUGAAAUUGGAUUCUUAACAAUAUUUGAACAUUUUUAAUAUUUAGAAGUAGGAAAGCAUUUAAAAGAACCUUUACUUCCAAUCUGGGUAAUUUGUAAAGAGUAUCAUUAUUCUGUUAUUUUUGGUUGCAAUAAUGAUGUUAUUUAAGAUAAACCAUAUUUAAGUAAUAUUAAUUUAAAACUAGAAUAAAAUUUAAAAGAAUUUGAUCUUGUUUUUUAUGAUGGAUUGAAUAAUCCUGAUGAUUUAAUUAUUAUUACACUUAGAAGACUUGGUGCAUAAUUAGGUAAAUAGAAAAAGAAGAUUCAAAUUGAAGGAGUUCAAUUUGAUUCAAGUGAGAAAGUUACACCAUUAAUUGAAUAUUUACUAAAAACAAAAUAUGGAGAAUUAGAAUUAGAUUGGAAUGAUAGUAUGCCAAUAUUAUGA